AUGCUCAUGAGAAUGGCUUCAGCAGGCUGACUAGUGCCUGCCUCUCCUCACUUUCCAUAAGUGGGGCCUCAUGGCUGCGAGCGAGUAGAAACAGGUGUUUCAGGACAGUGAGUGGGGGUUCAUUUCUGCCCAGUAGCGCCCCAUUCUCUUCCUCCUCUAGGUUGGGAACUGGACAGUGCAGUUUCACCCCGCAGGCCCACAGUAGAGAAAAGCCAGUCAGGGCCAGGGUGUGGGUGGAGGACAAACCCCAGGUCUCAGUAGACACCUUAUCAGUCAGUAGCAGGUGGGGCCAUCCCUGGGCGGGGAUGACAUCCCCCAGGGCCCUGUUAUCAGCCCAGAGUCCACAGGACAAUCCCGAGUUAAAAUAUAACCAGAUAUUCUCCCCUUCACCACUACCAUCCCCAAAGACACCAGUACCCGGGCAGAGGGACUUGGUGACGUGCCACCAUGGACACCCAGGGAAAGAGAGCUGGCCAUCCAGCCUGGUCAAGUGCCUCACCCCCUUCCUCCUCACCUGUCCGGCCUACUUCCUCUUCUGGAUCCCUGAGGACCCGCCGUCCCUGCUGGGGGCCCUGGUUAAAUGCCUGCCGGUGCUGAGCCUGGCUGCUGGCCUACAGGCCCUAACACCGCCUGGGAGCACAGCCACCCUCCUGAAGUGGGGCCUGCUGUGCUCAGCCGUAGGCGACGCCUGCCUCAUCUGGCCUGAUGCCUUCCUGCAUGGUAUGGUCGCUUUUGCUGCUGCCCACCUGUUCUACCUGGUGGCCUUCGGCUUCUCCCCCCUGCGGCCAGGCCUGCUGCUGCCCAUCGCCCUGGUCAGCGGCCUGUACCUCUGUUUCUUGCUGCUGCACUUGCCCCCGGACAUGACCCUCCCGGUGGCCGCCUACAGCCUCAUGUUGGCUGCGGUACUGUGGCGCGGUCUGGCCCGGGGAGGCAGCGCUGGCCUGGGGGCCCUGCUCUUCACCCUCUCGGACGCCGUGCUGGCCUGGGGCACCUUUGUCUGGCCGCUGCCUCACGCCCGCCUCAUGAUCAUGACCACGUACUAUGCCGCCCAGGCCCUCAUCGCCCUGUCGGUCCUAGAGGGCCCGAAGCACAAAGCCAGCUGAGCCGGGCUGGUGCCCAUGGUCCUACCGACCCCUCUCCCCAGACCCCUCCACUCCCUCUAACAGGAGGUCAACCCCUGCUGUGGGGGCACAGGCCCAGAACAUCGCACACCACUGUAGAGGUCCCCCUGCUACACCCAGUCCCAGCUAUCGGCCCCACCCCCACCCCACCCCUUCCUUGCCUCAGUAAAGUGGGCUGAGAAAUGGCAUCUCGGUGGUUUCGGGAGGGAUGUGUGGGGGAAAGAACGGAACCAAAACCAACUCCCAAGGUGGAUCUGCCCCUGCGGGCUUCCCAGACGGUAGCCACGGGAGUAGAGUGGGCGAUGGCACAGAUGGUCCCUGAGGCUGUGCAGCUGUAUGGACUGCGGCUGCCACCCCUUUCUCCCUCAGCACUUCUGGCCGUGCUUCACCCACCUUGCCGCCACAAGGUGCCUAUGAGUCUCAGCCCAACGUCAGGGGGCUUUGUGUGUCCCCCAGCCAGUGCCUGCGUCUACAGAAAAUCUCAGGGGAUUCCUGGGAGUUCAGAAUCCCUGGGGGUGGACUCACAAGAAACCCAUUCAUUAGGGGAGGAAAUUGGAGGGACACACUGCACCCCUCUCUAGGGCUCAGGUCUGCAGCCAAAGAGGGGUCAGCAUUGCGCUCACCCACUCGGCCUCUGCAGACCCCCGGUGUGCCUUAGGGACUGUUGAGAGUGCCCCUGUGAGUCAGAGUCAUCUCUGGGAGGGGACUGGGUUGGGCCGUGCCUGAGGCGAUGGACGGGCAUUGCCCGUUAGGUUACUGAGGAAGGGUAAGAGUGGCAUAAUCCCGCUGCCAUCCAGUCAAUUCUGAACUCGUAGAAGACCCUACGAGUCAGAGUAGAGCUGCCCCACGGUGCUGAACAGGAGUGGCGUAGUGAGUUCCCAAGGUUAGCAGUUCGAUAGCACCAGCCACUCCAAGGGAGAAAGCCCAGGCUUUCUAGUUCUGGGAAGAGUUGGAACCCCCGGGGCAGUUCUACCCUGCCUGGGGAGUUGCUGUGAGUCGGAGUAGACUCGAUGCAAGGGGUUUUGAAAGUUUAUUGGGUUUCUGAGAUUGUUAAUCUGUACAGAGCAGACGGCCUCGUCUUUCUUCCUCAGGGUGUCUGGGGGAUUCAAACUGCUGACCUUAUGAGUAGCAGUCGAACGCAUAACCCGCCACACCCCAGGACUCCGGACCUGGAUUGGAACCACAGUGAGCACAUCCCAGGCCUUGGCUCUUAACCAGUCACUGAACCCCGACCUCCUGUAGCACUCUGGAACUUUGAAGUCUGGUUUGAAUCCCAGCCUCUAAAUCUCAUGGCAGCUGCACCAUGAACUGUCAUCUCCACUUCAUUCCAGGUCCUGACCCAGACUCUGACCCCAGCUGCGAUUGCAGCACCGAUGUUGUGUUUGAGCCCCAUGGGAAACAGAUACUGACCCCCCUCAGACACUCCUCUUGGACUUUGAGCCCCAAAGUACUGCCUCAUCUCCUGAGUAGUUGGAACAUCAGUGAGAGAACCUGCCCCACCCUGGUUUCCAGUCUCCUGCUUCUGCAGGGGGUGUGAUCACCUUGGCUCCACAAAACUGGUGCUGCGCGUCUUCACAAUUGUUAUCUCUGAGCUCACUCUCA